UCAUCAUCUGUCUAGUGUGUAUGUUUUGGAUGCUAAAAAGUAGGAGUAGAUAUUUCGAUCUAAUAAUUCUGUUAUUUGCGCAAUAUUUUGCCUGAAAAUGAACGAUUUGGAUGAUAAAUUACAAAUUGAUAGUCUGGUCGGAAAGGAAAAUAGUAAGCUCUCUCGUCUCAAAGAUCGAGUUGACAAGUAUCACGACCUUUCCAACUCGAUGUCCACGAUCCUAACAACAUUCGAACAUCGUUUAGGGAAGCUCGAACAAACUAUUUUGCCAGUGUACAACGAAACGGAACACUUGCAGAAUCGCUUCAAAAAUCUCGAUUCAACAUUACAAUGUUUGGAAACGGUUUUGUCCCAUUAUGAUGCAUCGCAGGAAGUGUGCAACCUCAUCCAUAUCGGUCCAUUCGAGGGAAAUAUUACCGAAUUCCUCUCAGCGCUGGACAAACUGAAAAAGGCGAAAGACUACUUCUACUACAACAAUGCUCAAAGUGUUGAGUUGGAAAACGUUACCAGUUUGUUCAACACUGGAUGCGAAACGUUAAACAACCAUUUCAAGAUGUUGCUGAAUAAGCACAGCCAUCCAUUGAAAUCGGUUGAUCUACUUGAUCUUAUCUACAUCGAGGACGAUUCGUCGACAGAGGAUUGUGCAUCCAUAAAGCAGUUGUCACCGUCAACCAGGGAGGAACUGAAUACAAUAUCGAAUUGGUUGGACUAUAACUUGCGUCGGGAAUAUGUUAACAUUUAUGCUGACGAGAGGUCUGAGGUGAUAUUCCGUUCUUUGCAAAUAUUGAAGGAUCACCAGAAGAGUAGUAGUUGGGGCAAUGAAGCGCUGAAGUUACGUCAGUAUCGAGGAAAUGAGCCCAAAAAGUCCACAUCAGCGCGGCUACAAAGCAUUUUCGAACGGAAGGCAAACAAAAUGUUUCUGAAAGCUUCGCAAACAAUUGAGUCAUCGACUGGAUUUGCGCUGAAGAAGAAUACAGCGGACAAUCUCACACCAGAAGACUACUGUUUGGAUGGCGAUCAAGAGCUGGAAAAAUAUUUGGUUUUGUUGUUAGGCCUGCAGAGGCUACUGAUCUGGGAACGUCAACUAUUGAACGACAUAAUACCGGCAUCCAGGCAUACCGAAGUAUUUUCUCGCCUAUCACAUAGUUCCAUUGAUCUAUUGGUGAAAGAUGCCGAGAAUAUCACCAAUAAAGUACUGCGAAGCAUCGCCCGAAAGGAAUGGUCUUCGGCAUUGGGUGUUUUUUCAGCGUUGAAACGCGUCAUUUUGCUACAACCAGAUUUAGAUCGAGCCUGUGAUGCUGCACAGCGACAGCAGCUGAGCGGUGUUCUCAAAAAACUGCAACAUACGGGCAGCAAAGCAUUAGACCAAUUUCUUGAUCUAGUCAAAUGCGAUACUAAUUUGGUUGGAAUGAGCGCUGGCACUCUCUCUGGAUCAAACAUACCCAAAGAUGCAACCGUUCACGAAUUGACAUCGAACACAAUUUGGUUCAUCGAGCACUUAUUCGAACAUUACGAUGUUAUCGGGGGCAUUUUGCAGCUGGAUUCAACAUAUUCGUCACAAAUUAAUUUACAAAAAAUUCAGUCGGCUGAGGAUCGCAACAAGGCCAUUUUAGGAUUGUAUAUCAAAAAAGUGCUGUCCGAAUUGAACUUGACCAUCAUUUCCAAAUGCGAACAGUACAGUGACAAUGCAACCAAACAUCUAUUCCGAUUGAAUAACAUCCACUACAUUCUGAAAUCGUUACAACGUUCCAAUUUGCUAGACAUUGUAUCCUUUACGGAACCAGACUGUGAGAGGUCGUAUCAAGAAUUAAUACAGGAACUCAAGAGUUCGUAUAGAAAAUCGUGGUCCCGAUUGGUCGUUAAUAUAUAUCCGUUGGAUGAUCUACCACGACCAAUAAAUGGCAAAGUUAAAGAGAAGGAGCGUGCAAUCAUAAAAGAUCGAUUCUCGGCUUUCAAUAAGGAACUAGACGAAGCAUGUAAGAAUCAGCGAGGCAUUUCGGUGCCAGAUGUUUUGCUAAGGGAAGGCUUAAAACGCGACAAUGCUGAACACAUCAUACCGCAAUACAAUGCUUUCUUUGAAAUAUAUGCCGACAUUCAGUUCAGUAAAAAUCCUGAGAAAUAUGUGAAGUAUCGGCCGCAAGAUGUGUCAGCAAUGCUGAACAACUUAUUCGAUGAUAGAGUUUAAAUAUCCAGCGAAAUUAUUGUUUUGAUUUAUUUGCUUUUAAUGUUAGGUGAUUAAAAUUGCAAGAAAAAGUUA